CGUGUUGGUGAUUUCAAUUUCUGGACUAGCCGAGAUAUCACAUACAAAAAAUUUUGAGCGAAUAAACAAUACACGAGUGCGUAUUGACAUUUUAAUUAUUUUAUUGAAUUGAUUUAUUUUUUAUCAUUUGACAAAAAUACAUACUCAGGAUAAACCGGAGCUCAAGAUCGGUGACGGAAACGAUCACAAAACAACAAAUUUGCUUCAAAUACAAAUCAAAGACGGCACACCAAUUGACUGAUAAGAGAAAAACAAAUAUCUAUCGAAAUGGAAGCAAUAGCGAAGCACGAUUUUAAUGCAACGGCCGACGAUGAACUUAGUUUUCGUAAAAAUGCAAUUUUGAAGAUUCUCAAUAUGGAAGAUGAUAUGAAUUGGUAUCGUGCCGAACUGGAUGGUAGAGAAGGAUUGAUUCCGAGUAACUACAUUGAAAUGAAAACACACACUUGGUAUUAUGGUAGAAUUACACGUGCCGAUGCCGAGAAAUUAUUGUCAAAUAAACACGAGGGUGCAUUUUUAAUACGAAUUAGUGAAUCCAGUCCAGGAGAUUUUUCAUUAUCAGUAAAAUGUUCUGAUGGAGUGCAACAUUUUAAAGUCCUACGAGAUGCGCAGGGAAAAUUUUUCUUAUGGGUGGUAAAGUUUGGAUCACUGAAUGAACUUGUUGAAUAUCAUCGUACGGCCAGUGUAUCCCGCUCGCAAGAUGUCAAACUCAAAGAUAUGGUACCAGAAGAAGUUUUGGUUCAAGCAUUAUAUGAUUUUGUGCCACAAGAAUCCGGCGAAUUAGAUUUUCGACGGGGUGAUGUAAUCACAGUUACCGAUCGAUCUGACGAACACUGGUGGAAUGGUGAAAUCGGCAAUCGAAAAGGUCUCUUCCCAGCGACAUACGUGACUUCAUACCAUUCAUAAUAAACAACAACAUACUAUACUUAAAAACUAUAUGAUACAACAAUCAAUCAAUGAACAAAAUGAACAACACAGCUUAAUGAAAUUAUUUGAACAAACAAACAAAAAAAAACACGACAACAAUGAGAAUAGAGAGAGAUACAGACAGAGAGAGAAAGAGAAAAAAACAUCUAUUUUGAAGCGUACUAUAAUAACUUGCCUAUACUUAAUUUGACGCGAUUUUAAACAUCAAGCAUAUUUUCUUUUAUUAGUUUGUGUGAUCGGUUGUAUUUUUAUGUUUGCGCUCCAAAUUCAAAUAUCGUUUGAAAUCAAUUACGAUACACCACUUUAUUAGUCAUAUCAAUUUGAGAUAGCAAGCUUGAAUCCAACCAAUCGACAUUAUUAUUAUUAUUAUUUUGUUGCAAAUUUUAAUCCAUUACGAAUUAUCGGAUCAAUUGAUCCCAUGAAUCUCUGAUUAAGUAAUACUUGGAUGGUUGGGAAUAUGCGAUUCAAUAUUUACCUAUAAUAUUUUAAUUUAUUUCUACAUCCCAUUUAUUUUUGUAUCAAUCGUGUACAUUUGCCCUGAAAAUUUUCAUCCCAGACAAAUUUUGGAAUGCAUUUCGUAAAAACAGUAUAUACACGAACGACUUGUGAUUUCAAGAGAUUCAAAAACAAAAAAAUUCAAUACGAUGGUAAUAUGACGAGCAUAAGUGGUUUUUGGUUAAUAUUUUGAUUUUUAUUUUGAAAAAAAAAAGCAAUGAAUCGGUUGACAUCCUAAAUUCAAAAAGUAUUUGGGUGGCAGAUGUCACUUUUCUUUUUACAAUUUUUCUUUUUACUUUUUAAUAUGACAAUAAAAAAGCAAAUCGCACAAUUCAUUUAUUUUUUUUCGUAAAUAAAUUUAAACAAAAAAAAUAUAUUCAUGUGUUCGAACAAUGGUGAUUGUGAACAAUGGUCACCACCACAUCUUCGCAGACAAACGAAAUAGUAAUAAUGCUUAGAAGAAAAAAAACGGAAUCACAAGAAUUUUUAUAAUUUUCUAUAAUAAUUUUUGAUAAAACUGAAAUCGCGAUAAUAGUUAUCACUCGACACCUGAAAAUACCAAAAUGCAAUACAUUACUGUGUGUUUUUCUUUUUUCAUAUGAAAUUAAUGAUAUAUGUGUGUGUAACAAGAGAACAACAACAAAGAAAACAAAAAAAUGACAUAAAUUGGAAUAUAGUUACAGAGAAAAUACAAUUACUAAUCCUAGCUUUUCAUGCUCGAUUUUAGUUAUUUAUUUAGUACGCGCACAUAAAUAGGUAAAAAAAAACAAACAAACAACAACAAAAUAUGAAACAUAAAACAAAAUAAGUUAUAGCUGUAGUUUUCUAAAGAUGAACUAUUUGAAUACAAUGAUAUUAUACAAUAUAA